AUGGUACCUCGAUGCAAAGCACACCGCCAGGCCACAGCAAUGUCUGUUCUAGCAUGGGCAGCUUCUCGUAGUUCGAAUGGUGCUCUGAUCUUCGGCAUCAAGGAUGCAGAGGGCUUAACGCCGUUGGCAAAGGCUUUAAAAGUUUGGAAGAUUCCUUCGGCACGCAUUUUAGCAUUGAGUGGUGCCCCUGCGGCCAAUGCCACGCUGAUUGUAGAGUGUCGUCCUGACCUGGUCGCGGCGGUGCUGCAGACGGAGCUCCAGGCCUUGAGCCGCGCUGUGGCCGAGGCACCUGCACCCAAGGCUGCAGGAAACUGCUUAGUUCCGCCAAAUUCUGGCAGGAACAGUACGUUGCUGCACUUGGCUGCCGAGCUCUCUAGUGAAGACGGCGGCCCUCAAAUCAUCAGAGAGUUGCUGGACGCAGGUGCCAAAGUGGAUCGCGCUGAUACCAACGGGGACACUGCGCUCAACAGUGCCUUGCGCGAAGAUAGCAGCGAAGUUGUUUCCAUGAUGCUUUCAGCUGAUGGAGGCAGUGCGUUGCUCUCGCAGACGAAUAGGCAAGGUCAAAGUGCAUUGCAUAUUGCAGCCACUGCUGGUGCAAGCAACAGUUUGCGGCUCUUAGUCGCGGAGGGAGCUGAUACAACUGCCAAGGAUGCCCACGGCAAAACGGCGUUGCAAUACGCCGAGCAACGGGGAGAUGUCGAGGCUGUUGAGAGCAUUUCUUUGGGCUCAACAUUGAAAGUAGCUGAGGACUCUGGAGGCAAGGCACAAAAUUUCAAAAGCAGCGCAUCUUGGACCGCUCAAGAUGAAGCAGCUGUAGAGGAAUUGGAGGAAGGUUUGAGUACCGAGCUCAUUGCUGCAGUUAUCGUGGCUGUUGCGGGCGGAGGCCUUUGCUUGGUUUUGCUUGUUUGCAUGCUACGACGACGCUUUGGUCGUCGGAAGAGAUCCAUGGUCGCUCAGGAGGCAAAGCCAGAAAGGCGCAAGCAGGUUUGGACAGAGCAGACAGAAGCGUUGCGAAAGAACCGAACCUUGAACAAUGCAGAUCGACGAGAAAGCAAUGAAGUGCAUCAGCUCCAAGGCUCAGCCUUGAAGGCUGCUGUGGUUGUUCAGACACCAGCAACUCCGACGCAAGGCAGAUCUGCAGGUGAAGUGUCGCAAUUGGCCUUCCAGGCAGAAGCCUCAAAGGCCCGAAGUGAUCCCGCAAAGAAAGGAAAGCUUAGUCAAGGUCCACGUCAGGCAGCCAAGGCUGACUCGCCAGCUUCCGUGCCAACCACAACACAGGAUCACAGGCCACAGCGGAAAGCCAAAGCAAAGUCGCGGAGUGCAAAACAACCCAAAUAG